CAAAUGGAACCGAUUUAGAUGAAAUCGCAGCAGCAUCCAACAAAUUUUUCCGACUUCCAUUCGUUUCCUUCUUCCUCCCAGAAAUUUUCUCGUCGCUUCUCCCAUCUUCUCACCUCUGAUCUCUCCUCUUCUCUUCCCUCGAUUUGGAGGGAUUUUUCUUUUUCUAUUUUCUUUUUGAAUUUUAUUGCAUUUUGCUUUCCUUUUUGUUGUAUUUUCCAUUUCACUUCGUAAACCCUAAACCCUUUCUGGAUUUCCGAUUCGAUCGGAUUAGCACUGUACGCAAUCUUUCUUUGGAUCAAACCCUAGGCCGGGAAGAAUGCAGCAGCAGCGGCUCAAGCAGCAGGCUUUGAUGCAGCAGGCCCUUCUCCAGCAGCAGCAGUCCCUUCUUCAGCAGCAGCAGCAGCAGCAGCAGUCUCUUUACCAUCUCCCGGGACUUUUAGCUCCCCCACAGAUAGAGCCGAUCCCGAGUGGAAAUCUGCCCCCUGGAUUUGAUUCGAGUUCAUGCCGCAGUGUUUAUGUUGGAAAUAUUCAUAUUCAAGUUACUGAAGCUCUUCUUCAAGAGGUUUUCCAAAGUACUGGUCCCGUCGAGGGAUGCAAGCUUAUUAGGAAGGAAAAGUCAUCUUAUGGUUUUGUUGAUUACUUUGAUCGGCGAUCAGCUGCACUUGCCAUAGUUACACUUAAUGGAAGGCAUCUAUUUGGCCAACCUAUAAAAGUUAAUUGGGCAUAUGCCAAUACACAGAGAGAAGACACUUCAGGUCAUUAUAACAUCUUUGUUGGUGAUCUUAGUUCCGAGGUUACAGACGCUGCUUUGUCUGCCUGCUUCUCUGUGUAUCACAGCAUCUCAGAUGCAAAGGUUAUGUGGGAUCAAAAAACUGGGCGCUCAAGGGGUUUUGGAUUUGUGUCUUUUAGGAAUCAACAGGAUGCACAAAGUGCCAUUAAUGAUUUGAGCGGUAAAUGGUUAGGUAACAGACAGAUUCGCUGUAACUGGGCUAGCAAGGGUGCGGGUGCUGGUGCUGGUGCUGUUGCUGGUGCUGGUACUAGUGAGGAUAAACAAUUCUCAGAUUCCAAGAGUGUUGCUGAGUUAAAUAAUGCUUCAACAGAAGAUGUUAAAGAAGGUGCAAAAGAAGAAGCUCCCGAGAACAACCCACAAUGCACUUCAGUUUAUGCGGGAAAUCUUUCUCUAGAGGUUACUCAAGUUGAUCUCCAUCGACUCUUUCACACCCUUGGGGCUGGGCAGAUUGAGGAAGUGCGCAUUCAACGUGAUAAAGGAUUUGGGUUUAUUAGAUAUAGUAAUCACGCUGAAGCUUCUCUAGCUAUUCAGAUGGCAAAUGGCCGCAUUCUUGGUGGAAAGCCGAUUAAGUGCUCAUGGGGAAGCAAGCCCACCCCGCCGGGAACAGUCUCGAAGCCUCUUCCGGCGCCAGCUGCAACCCCAUUCCCCACACUGUCAGCCGCCGACUUGCUUACGUAUGAAAGGGCGUUGGCACUGAGCAAGAUGGGGGUAGGUCAGACACUAAUGCCCGGCCAGACCAACCCGGCCCUCAAGCAAGCGGGCUUGCCAUUGGGCGCCGGAGCCAGCCAGGCUAUCUAUGAUGCUGGCUUUCAGAAUAUGGCUGCUGCUCAGCAGCUCAUGUAUUUUUAAUCACACACAAAGCUCAAUAACCAAAUUGUCUAUCUAUUGUUGCCUAUUUGUCUGUCUUGUAUUUAGUUGUGAGUUGAUUUCCCCUUCCUUUAUUAUUAUUGUUAUGGAUUGAUGUAUGUAAAGUCUCAGAUGCGUAUGUUGUGAGUGAUUUGUAGGUAUUUGCGAGUUAUUGGGGGAGAACUUGUAAUUUCGCUUUGCUGCUUGUUAUGUGUAAUCGUUGUAUACCCUAAAGAGGUUUAAGAAUAAUGUUUUAUUUUUAAUGAUUUUGAUUAUACA